GUGUAUUUACAGGGUACUCUUCGAUGUGUCCAGCCGUUUCUGGAACUGUGAAUGAAGUCCAUCCGCGCCGUGGCAUGAUGAUGCAUCAGAAGUCAAUCUCGAAGCUCUACGUUUAUUCGGUGUUGCUGUUUUCAACCUCGCAAGACAGAAUGGACCCUACGGCCAUCGAACCACAAUUAUUUGCGUGAGGAAUUGGCGCUUGGUUUAUAGAGAGGCAGGAGAGCGUGCAGCAGAAUGCCGUGUCUGAGAUACUUAUUGCCAUGACGAGCAAGGAACUCAAUAUCCGCCGUAGAAUCUCCAACAUGUGAGUUUCAUAAGUUUCACUUUCUUUCUCACCUUUCAAGGGGAUGUGCUUGGUUGGUGACUCGAGCCGCUCUUGGGUUGCUUGUAUCGUUGUCAGCGUGGAGGCAGUAUGUCAUAUCACCAAUAGUCAAAUACACGGUCUAUUGGCUUUGCUAUGGUUAUGGAGAGGUUGAUUGUAUAUUGGAAAUCCUGCUCAUUCCUCUUAGAGACUCGAGGACAUUACGGGAGCACCACUGGUUCUUGAAUAUACUGCUUAACGUCGUCCGGGCCGCUGAGGGAUCAAAGACACAAAAGUGAUAUUUAUAGUGAAUGACACAAAGAAGUGCGAAGCAAUUAUCGCCACUCUCGAAGGUUUAUGUCUGAAGAGGCUUCAAACGUGACCUUAAGUCCCCUAAACUAAAGAGUUUGGCCUCUCUUGUUUAGGCGAAGAUGGCAGUAACCCUGGACGCCGAGAAUGCUGCUUAGCAUCUGCUGGAAGCCGACGUGCGGAACUGAUGAAACUAGCUGUUAGUGACGAUGAUGAGGCUUAGACCUUGCUGUAUUGCGGGGUAAUGUCAAGAUACAAUAAAGGAGAAGACGAUUUUCCAACUCUCCGGGAGUACAAUGACUAUCUGGAAGAGACAGAAGAUAUCGUGUUCAACCUAGUAGAAGGGAUUGACGUCCAGGGAACAGAAGCUAGGAUUGCCCUUUAUCAGGAGGAGCAUGCUGAGCAGAUAAUUGCAUCGCGCGCAAAGAAGGCCGAAAGAAUAUCAGCAUCUUUCAGGGCGGCUAAUGCGAAGAGGAAUCAAGAUAAAGAAGCAGAUUUGGAACAGGUGAAGGAAGCACCUGGAAGUACCGGAAUUCAAGCUGGUGCGGCAGGACAAUAUGCUCCUUCUAUGGUAGCUGGAAGUAUGUUCAUGCAACCGCGGCCAAUGGGACCUGGUGGGCAGCCUAUGCCUCUGGGAACCUCAACCUACAAUGGGGAAGGCAUCGAGGACCCAGCUGCUCAAAAGAUCCGUGAAGAAAGGGGCGCCCGAGCUGGAGGAUGGACUCCAGAGCUUGGGCGGAAGCGGGCAUUUGAAGAGGCUUUCUGCAGUGUUUGGGUAAAUUAGUCCGAGUAAAAUGUGAACUCAAAGAGACCAAUCGAUAAACAGUGGGUACAUGUGGCCAGUUGGUGUUGCAAAACAUCACUAGCUAACAGCAACAUUUCUUCCUGCUAGCAGAAAGUGGUUACACAGACAUGGUCGUGGAAGAACUCAUUUCUGAAUAUUUUAAGAGUUUCUCCUGAGUACGCCAACGAGAAAUCACAAUUUAUGAGAGUUUGGAGCAGAGCCGACGAACAAGUUACUUGCUGCUGCUGAAACCUUGAGCCAGGGAGGAGAUGCAUUUAUUGUAUGUUGAAGCCCCUGUAAAAAAAUGAAAAACUGAUGAGCUGCCGAGAUAUUAUUAGACAUAAUUCUGUUUCGUAUGAAGUAGCUUGGUUAAUGCUAUUUUGCCACAUAUUUGACGGACUCGUAACUCUAAGUAAACACCUUGCAGUUCGUGAUGUAGUCCCCCUCUACCCGUUUCUGGAAGUCUGAGUACGGGGUUCGGUUUCUGUGGGACGUAUAUUUUCCAAGGUGAUUGUAUGUUCGAUUUAUUUGUCACGGUUAAGUACCACGUAGUAUCUUUCAUCAAGGAUUAUGAUUUUAUGUUGUUGAUGAUAUUAAUGUUUAACAGAACUUUAUGCUAAGUAUAGUUCUGCGGUAUUUCAUGUUUAUCAUACAGUUGAGUUGGAUAUGAGGAUGCCUUUCCUAUGGUUCGGACGGAAAGUGGACAGGAGUUGGAAAUUCGACUAGCCACUCCUGUAGAAGUAACUAAUGGAGAACCAUCAUCCGGACACCACGAAAAAUCAAGGGUGUGAAGUUUUCAAUAAGACAAGUUGCGUAUACACCUUGAAGAAAAGUGGUCAGGAUUUGAGAACACAUUUGGUAAACUAAUCACCUAAAUGCACAUCCUUUGAUGCUCUGUGUGCGUUUCAUCAAAUGAAACUUUCAAAUAUCAUAAUGCCAAUGAGUUGUGGAUCAAACAG